GAGAGCGAGAGGAGGGCAGGAAAGAAAACUUUUCACUUCUGAGGAGCCACAGAGAAAGCGUGUGCGUGUGUGCGUGCUGGAGCGGAGACCAUGCAGGAGGAGUCUGGAGAGACACCGAGCAGUGAAAGCAAUGGGGUGGCAGAGUGGCUGUGCCCCCUCUGCCAAAAAGGCCAACCAGACAGAUCCUCCCUGUCUCUGCAUCUCACUGAGCAACACAGUGUACUUCCAUCUUGUGUCGACAGACUGUUGGACAUUGCUGUUCUAAAACAGAGUGCCAGUGAAAGAGAGGAGGACAAAGGUGCUCAAAAGUCUUCAGAUUCUGAAUCCCCGCAACUAAAGCCCGGUGAAGGCGUUGGUUCAGAGCCCUCCCAAUCAAGCAAGAAUUCAGACGCUACCCCGACUCAAGGAGACAAAGAGAUGGAGGAAGAGAGAAUAAUGGAACAGGAGGGAGGUGAACCUGAGCCUGAGCCAGAAGAGGAGGGAAAUAAACUCACAGGAGCCAAACAGAAAAAUGCAGAUGAAAACACAGAAAUCCCAGAAGCCAGUGAAAAGUCAGUUGGUAAAAAUGGUGUGCCACGUGAAAAUAACACCCGCUCAUUCAAAUGCAAUGCCUGCCUGGAAAAUUUUCCCAGCAGAACUGCCUUGAGUGUUCAUUACAACUCUGCAUCCCACAUUCAGAGGAUGACGACAGGCUCUGCCAAACAAGGUGGCGAAAAUGAUCCUCAAUCUCCUUCAGUUCCUGUUUUGUCUCGGCCAUACGUAUCAAAUAAACCCUACCAAUGUGCUGUAUGUCGAGUUUCUUACAAUCACGCCAUCACCCUCGAGAGCCAUAUGAAAUCUGUCUUGCAUCAGACCCGCAGCAGGAAUGCUGGAAUUGUUGCACAUGCUGCAAACAGUGCAGCGACCACUGCUGGUUUAGGAGGCAGCACCCCCACUGCUCCAAAUACUAGUAGCUCAUCUAGAAAUGGAUCCACUCAGUUAGUGACAACAACCAACUGUGCUUCUCCUGGGACAGUGAUGGUGACGGCUACAAAAGACGGAGAGCAGAUUCAAACUUCACAAGUGGCUCCCUCCCUUCUCACCUCCCCUGUGGCCUCAGCUCAGGCAGUCUCAGCCUUCCUCACCCUCCUCACAUCGAAUCCAAACACUCUCUCACACUCCCUCCUCCCCUCACUGUUUGCAGCCGGUGCAGCUCCUGGUGCAGCCGCACAUCAGCUCGUGCCUCAGCCUCAGAUGGUCAUGCCCUUGAUCUUGAAUGGGCUUCAAGCCCAAACUCAGCAGCACCAAGAGAACCAGCAAGGCCAGCUCCUCACACAGUGUGUGCCAUUUGUUGGUCUCAGCACAGCCCAGCAAGCUCUCCUAACCCAAAGACUUAACAGCUUACAGAGCCAGUGGCCCUCUGCAGGUCUUACAGCAGACAUACAGCCAGAAGAGCAAAAGCAGACUAUAAAAUGUGACGGUGAACAAGACAGCCAGCAUAGUGUGGAGGCAGUUGAGGUCCCAGGUCAGAUCAAGGACAGAGCUAACUGGAUGACAGAUAACAAUAAAACAGAAAAGCCUAAGAAAGAGGACAGUAAAGAAGCACAGUGUCCCAUUAUAGAAGGAAAAGUGAAGGCUGAGAGUAAUGAAGACAAUGGGAAGGCAAGUAGAGAUAGCACAACAGAUGGAGACUGCUCGACUAAUCAGUUGGACCUGGAAGGUGAUAAAGCAGCUAGCCUGAAUCUUUCCCCAGCGGGCACAGAGAAAAGCCUCCGCAAUAACAGUCUCUCGCCUUCUGCAUCUGUACCCAGCAACUCAACCCUCAGUCCUGUAAAUUUAAACCUUAUGCUUAGUCCUGAUUCUACUCCACAAAAAUCACAAUCGGGGACUAGCCCUUGUGGUUCUCUUGGGACCCCAAAAUCCAGUCCUAUUACAAAUGCCUUAACUAACAACCAAACUAGAUCCUUUUGUACUACAAUAGGAUCAAUUACUUCAGAACUUCCACUGUUGUCAGAGUUCCAGUCAGAGGUUCUCUGGGCAUUCUUUGAGUCACGUAGCGAGGCUGAUGCUGCAAGUCCUCCCCGUGAAGACUGUGAGGCACUGGGCAGAGAGGUGGGGCUUUCUGAAGAAGAGGUACGUAGGUGGCUGAAUCAAGCCAGACAUGCUAAAAGAAAGCAGAGGGCCACAGAGUUAGAAAACCUGCAGGGUGUGACAGGAGUUACACGACACACCCAGAGUUUUGACAAUGACUAUGAUGAUGAGGAAAACUCACUGAUUAUAGCAGAAGGCGACGAUGAUGCUGAAGCUUCAGGGAGUCAGGCAAUAGAUUUAUCCAGAACAAGAGGAAAGCGUAGACGGAGAGACAUUGGAAUGGAGGGUCAGGGAGAUUACUGUCUUACGUCUGACUCUGAAAAUGAGGUCUACACCUCUGUCAUUGUGUCUGAUGAGGAGAGUCAGAGUGGAUCUCUGAGGGAGGGUACUGAGAGCCCUGCUAAAGGUGAAGUGCUGCGGGAGGUUCAUGGUGAUAAAGUGUCAGUUGGAGGAAAGGUCUUGCGCUCCACGACUGUGUUUCUCUCUGAUGCAGAGGAGGAAUAUGAAGAUGAUGAGGGUGGAGGAAGUCAGGGAACCAAAAGGAAAAAACAAAAGGGGGAGUUUGAGCAUGAUGAGGUGGAGGUGAAGAAGGAGAGACAGGACCCAGAUGUGGAUCUAGAGCUGGAGGCCCAAGGGGAUCCUCCAAGUUCGCAGCUCCAUACAUUGGAACAUCCUGAGAUUUCAACCAGUGCUUUACACUCACUCCCAUUGUCUCUCGCUCACUUUUCUACCCAGUUCAUCAGUCCAUAUGUUCUCUCUCUUACCCCUUCACUGAUUGAUGGGAGCAAGAUACCAGUCUUUACAAAUCCACCAACCAUCACACGCUUCUCGGGCUCUCCUUUGUCGCAGUCUCUCUCCUCACACAACCAAAUUUCUCAUUAUCUGCCAAAUGGUGGGGACUGCGAGUCUGCUCUAGACCUCAGCAUGGGGAAAAACAGCUCAAAAUCUGCCUCCUCUUCAUCAUCUUUGGCUGACAAAAUUGCUGCACAGAAAGGGCAAUUGCUGGAUGGGCUUGGCCUGAGACCUACAUCCAAAGGUCUCGUAGUUGUCCAAGUUAAGCCUGAAUCUGUGAGUGCCAUGGCCUCCUCCAACAGCAGUAUGAGUCUCGUUAACUGCAAUAAUAUGACAAAGUCUAGUAUUUACAUGAGGGCGACAGAGAAAACUAAUUCUUUGCUAUUGGAAAGGGAACGAGUAAAGGAGAGAGAGAAGGAGAGGGAGCAAGAGCAGCAGCAGCAGCAGCAGCAGAGGAAGGCUAAAGGAAAAAGGUAUCGGGAUAUGCGACGUUCAAGAACCAUCAUUCAAGCUGACCAACUUGAUAUUUUGUAUGGCUGCUAUUUCAAAGACCCAAAUCCUGGGAAACAUGAGUUUGAACAGAUUUCAGAGUGGGUCCACCUUCCAAAGAAGGUUGUUCAGAUUUGGUUCCAGAACAUGAGGGCAAGGGAACGAAAGGGUGAGGUCAGAUUUAUCAGUGAUGGCACACUGGCAGCAGUGGGCAAACCUCUCAUCAAAUUUACCUGGCCUCUCACCAAACCCAUAUUUUCUAACAAGCCCACUUCAAACAAUACUGGAUGUAUUACAACUACUCCAAUUGUUCGCACCCUCAUCAAGACAGAGAGUGAGCCCGUGAAGGUUGAAGGCAAACCAAUGAUAGUGAAAAAAGUAACACCAGUUCCCAUCAAGCCUAAGGAGGUGGUUUCUUCUACUGUGGUCUCUCCUUUGAGCAGCAGUGCAGUGCCAAAGACCAAGCUUGAAACCACCAGCAAUGUCACUAUGGUCAAAGUUGCACCCAAAGUCACCACCCCUGUUCUCUCAGCUCCCACCAAGGAUCCAAUCCCCAUUGCCCCAAGACCAGCCCAGAAACGAAAGCUAGAAGAUGAGAGCGAGGAAGAAAAGACUGAUGAAGAGAGAGACGAUGAGAAUGAGAUAGGUCCUGGACCAGGGACCACUAAUCGCAUGGUGCCCAAACUGCCCUCAACUCCCAUUAACAACAGGCCUCCUGCCACAACAGUGGUAGCACAAAAACAGAAUGGGCUUAACUACUGGACUCCCAAGGUCCCCAUAAAGAUCAACACUAUAUCAAGAGAACAAUUGGGUCUCCCCACACAUACGCCUCCUCGUACCAUCCCCCCUCCACCUACCCCGAGCAUUGCUCCAGUCAGCCCAAACACCCCCAGCUCUGCCAAAGUGGCCAUCCCAAACACCCCAGCUGUGGCUAAAUCAAGUCCAACAGAAAGCGGUUUUCUGCCCCACUCAUCCAGCCGCAGGCCUCGCACACAUUUGUCCUGCCUACAGUUGUCCAUCCUGCAGUCCUGUUACGAGACCUGUGCUCACCCUAAUGCCAUGGAGUGUGAGGCAAUAGGCACUGAGCUCAAUCUGCCACUCAAAGUGGUGCAAAUCUGGUUCCAAAAUACCAGAGCCAAGGAGAAGCGUUGGAGGUUGCAGCAAGAAAAAUUGUCUCCUUUGUCAGGUGGAAAACUGGACCUGAGCUCAGGAAGCUACUUGCAGUACAACGCUCUCAAAGCUAAUCGUCCCAUCCUGCCCAAACCAGUUAAUCUGACAGUUACCGAACCUGCAACUUCCACGGUGGCUGGACAGGCGGUGUCAAAGGAGGCCCUGUCAGGUCGCUGUGAGGUCUGCAAUGUCUCCUUUGAAUCCCGGGCUGCAGCGAGGGCCCAUGUCUUCUCCCCACGUCACCUUGCAACCCUGAGAACCACUAACUUUGGCCAGCCAACGACGCUUGUCAACAAAAAUGGCACCGGUAAUGGCGGACCUGGAAGUGUCUCUCAUUCCUCUCCAGUUAUCAGCUCGGGUGCAGGUUCUGGAGGAGAGAUGAGUAUUGAGUCCCCUCCACCAACGGUCACCAGCAACAGUUAGAGACCCAGAUCAGGAUUGGUCUGCACACUGACUAUUCUUGGACCCAUAUGGGCUUCUCAGCUUUUAAUAAACAAACUUGAGCACUCAUCAAAAGCUAAUAUCAUUUAGUUUUUGAAGUUGGCUCCCCCUGCACCCGCUAUCCUUUGCUCAACCUUCACUGACUUACAAUCCACUAAUCUACAGACUUCAUCUGGAGUUAACGCAACAGCAGACUACUUCCACGCUGUGUCUCACGUAAUCAGCUGCUGUCUGAUUAGUGAUCAAUGUGUCUCAAGUUUUCCUUGAUCCUCAUACACUUUGUCCAAACACUUUUGGUCCUAACCCUGUGGUUAUAUAAUACCUUACUUCAGCGAACUUCCUCUAGUUUGUAAAGGCACUCAACUUGCCAUGCUUGAACUGUCCUACCCGAAAGACUGAUGCAAAAGUAUUUCCUCUUUGGAAGUGGCCAUUUGCAGGUGGGCCCAGAAACACUUUUUUUGGGAUAAUAACAUGAAAUACUCACAUUAGUAACUCCCAGUUUGCUCCUGUGGAAUUGCUUUUCUUAUGCCUCCUUUCACUUGUAAAGCAAAGAUCGCUUGUGCAAGACACGACUGGACUGAAGAAUUGAAAGAGGAUUAACUGGUAUUGACUGUCACCUUUUAAUUUGCCAUGGCAGUGUGAUCUGAAGACUGUUGUGUCUAUCGUCUUGGGAUGUAAAAAAUGAGGUACUUCAGAGAGAACAGGGCUGUUGAAUUGUCCCCAGUAAAUGUUCAUUUUUCACGACAAUCCAAACAGACAGGGCAAAAAGAAGCCAUGGACCGCAGAGUCCUGGCAUAGCGCACUUUGACACAUUUUACAUUGUUUGAAAUGUUUUUAAGCAUUCUGAUGCGAGUGUCUUUUUAUGGGAAGAUACAAUAAUGCAUGUUGGAUGCCUUAAUAUAAAUCACCUGAAAUAAAACGAUUUUGCUUUUCUAGUCUAAUGAAACAUGCUUUAGGUGUGAGAAUAAUAUUGUGAAAGAUACAAACCUAGGAACAAAUGGAGAAGAGCUCUGUUCCAAAAUGGAAAGUCUCUGAAUGUCAUCUUUAUAUGGGAAAAGACAAGUCAUGUCUGAAGUUCUCGUCUUUCUGGUUUUCAAGAACAAUAACCAACUAUCAUGCUUUUUACAACAGAUGUUUGAUCCUGUGGAUUUAACGUUCCACCCAAAUAUUUUUGAUCUCAUGUUGGAAUACAGCUCUUCAGACUGACAAGGAGAUAGUUUUCUAUCAAUGUAGGUGUGUUUAGAAAUAUAACCGCCUUAAGAGGAGGCACCACCAGGUAUAUCAGGUCAAGGCCAGGUGGUCUUCGUAUAAUAUUGGUGAAUUAAUUUCAUCUACAUUUUGCCCAUAGGUGCAGACUGAGUCCUUGAAUUUUACCAUUUUCUUUUCCAUGAGUGAUGUGCAUAUGAUAACGUUAAGGUCUGCAUUUUUAUUCACUUCAGUAUUUAUAUCAACAUAAAGCAAUUAAAAUUGGUAUAAGAGAUUUUAUUUAGGCCAAAAUCAAUCCUCUUGAAUAUUUAUAGAAAGGUGCUCGAAAUGAGCCGUUUCCCACACUAUUGUCUGUCCCCUGUUUUCUAUUUUGUUCUUUUUUUUUUUUUAAGUUACUAAUCCUGGUUAUGUACGUGCUGUGAAAAAGACACCUGACAUCUGGAAACAGUGACAAGGGAGAAAGAUGGGUAUUACCUGCAUCCUUAAGGGACUAAGAAAUACUUCAGUCUAGCAAGCAAAUUGGGAAACAUUAAAUGUGUUGACUGAGAGCUAAUAAGAUGGUGCUGUGUUGAAGGACACAUAACAUACUAAAGAUGUUUUCCUUCGAUUUAAGUUGUAUAUUAAUGUUACUAUUGAUAGUUUUAACAAAAUGCAAAAUGAAAACAUGAACUUUUGUACAGAAAUAUAUUAAAAAAUAACUGAUAUUCCAAAGUAAUCCUCCCAUUGCUUUGUCAUUCAAAAACCAAAAAGCUAUCUUGAGGUUGACAGAGCAGGAGAGGCAUUCAUAAAUGCAAACUGUAAAGGACAUCCCACGGCUUGACACUUGCACUAGUCCACAAUUUUUUAUUUUUUUUUUGCACCAGCUGCAGACAUUUAAAAAAGACACAACCAUUAACACAACACUUGGUGUGGUUUUUGCAACGAAGAUGGUGACAAUGUGCUUUCAUGAAUAUUAAUAACUCCUGUUUGAAACUGUAACUUGUCUGUAAAGCAAGGACAUCAGUGCUUGGACCUCAAGACUGGGAUCUCUCUCACUCACUCACACACACACACACACACACACACGGUGUUGCACUGUCCAAACUAGAUAGGUUUUUAUGGAGAUCUGCUUUUUAUUCUCUUAUGUUUUGUCACUUUGAUUAUCACUAUUGUUAUAACUGUACUACUACUUAUACAAUUUAUCAUUACUCAUCACUGUUUUUUUUGAAUAUUAUUGAUCCAUAAUGGUUUAAAUGCCACCUCUGCUCCAAAAGAGUAAGGUAUUCCUUUUGAAUAUUGAACAAUAAUAGUGGCAGUGUUGUUAUGAAUUGUUAGAUUUUUGAUUAAGCUUAAUUUUCCCUCCUCACUUGUACCUGCCUUUUGUGUUGGUCUCCAUUAUGCUUUCUUUGAUAUACGGAAAAAAGAAAUAAAAUCAGUUGAACAACAA